AACAGAUGUGCCACUUCAAAUGCAGUAACAUGCACAAAGUGUCUUGCUUUGGGUCCAGAGUGUGGAUGGUGUGCUCAAGAGGAUUUCAUGGCCGACGCAACACAGAAGGGACGCUGUGACACUGUUUUCAACUUAAUGAAAAGAGGCUGCCAAUCAGAUUUUGUAGAAAAUCCCACAGUUCAUGUCACAAUACCCAGUGACCAUGAAACAAAUACACAAGUGACACCAGGAAAAGUUUCAGUCCAACUGCGUCCAGGAAGUGAAGCAAACUUUAUGUUAAAAGUUCGACCUCUAGAGAAAUACCCUGUGGAUCUUUAUUAUUUAGUUGAUGUCUCAGCCUCUAUGCACAACAAUAUAGAAAAACUAAAUUCUGUUGGAUUUGCUUUAUCUAAAAAGAUGGUGAAUAUUUCACUUGAUUUUCGACUUGGAUUUGGAUCCUAUGUAGAUAAAACUGUGUCACCCUAUAUUAGCAUCCAUCCAGGCAGAAUCCAUAACCAAUGCAGUGAUUAUAAUUUAGAUUGUAUGCCUCCUCACGGUUAUAUUCACGUGCUCUCCCUGACUGACAAUAUAGCAGAAUUCAGAAAUGCAGUGAAUAAACAAAAGAUUUCUGGCAAUAUUGAUACACCUGAAGGGGGUUUUGAUGCGAUGCUCCAAGCAGCUGUAUGCCAGAGCCAUAUUGGAUGGCGUAAGGAAGCAAAGCGACUGCUUCUUGUGAUGACAGACCAAACUUCCCAUCUGGCCCUUGACAGUAAAUUGGCAGGGAUUGUAAUUCCCCAUGAUGGAAACUGUCAUUUGAAAGAUAAUGUGUACAUCAAAGCUACGAGUAUGGAGCAUCCAACUCUUGGGCAGCUCUCUGAAAAACUGAUUGACAAUAACAUCAAUGUUAUUUUUGCAGUUCAAGGAAGCCAGUUCCAUUGGUAUAAAGAUCUGUUACCUCUGUUGCCUGGUACUGUUGCAAGACAGAUAGAAUCACAAGCAGCAAAUCUCAAUGAUUUGGUGGUAGAAGCAUACCAGAAACUGAUCUCUGAAGUGAAAAUUCAAGUGGAUAACCGGAUCCCAGGUCUUCAUUUCAAUAUCACUGCAAUCUGUCCUGAUGGAAGUAAAAAAGCUGGCAUGGAAGGAUGUAAGAAUGUGGGAUCCAAUGAAGAAGUACUUUUCAAUGUAUCACUUACAAUGAAAGGAUGUGAUACAACUGGAGGAAGAAAAUAUGCAAUCCUUAAGCCUAUUGGUUUCAAUGAAACUGCCAUCGUUCACGUGCAGGAAAGCUGUGCCUGUCAGUAUGGAGACAGUGCAAGGCACAAAAGAGUAUGGACUGAUGAAACUUUUUCUGAUGGCAGGCAGUCCCAGUGCAGUGACAAUAACUGUAGCUCCAGCAGCGUUACGCUUCCUUCUGAGACGUGCAAACGAGACCAGGACCAACCCAUCUGCAGUGGUCAAGGCAAUUGCAUAGAUGGGAAAUGUUUUUGCUACAAAAGCAAGCUAGGCAAGGUGUAUGGCAAGUACUGUGAAAUGGAUGAUUUUUCCUGCCCAUAUCACCAGGGUAACUUAUGUUCUGGUAAUGGUGAAUGUGAAGCUGGUAAAUGCAAAUGCUUUGCUGGCUGGGAAGGUGACCGUUGCCAGUGCUCGUUGCAAUCAGGAAAGUACUGCCUGAAUUCAAAGGGCCAGAUUUGCAGUGGAAGAGGAAAAUGCGUAUGUGGGAAGUGUGAAUGCACAGAUCCAAGAAGCUUUGGCCGUUUGUGUGAAUAUUGCCCUACUUGUAACAAAGCCUGUGAAGAAAACUGGAAUUGUGUUGAGUGCCAUCAUUCUAACAAUGCAUCUCAAACUAAACUUGACCAGUGCACAACCUCAUGCACUUAUGUGCUGCAUUAUAUUGACCAAACUUCAGAAUGUUUCUCUGGACGAAGCUACUUUAGAGUAUUUUCCAUAAUCUUUAUAGUUACCUUUCUGAUCGGGUUGCUUGUUGUCCUUAUCAUCAGACAGAUAAUUCUGCAGGGGAGUAGCAAUAAAAUUAAAUCUUCAGCUGAUUACAGAGUAUCUGCAACAAAGAAGGAUAAGAUGUUUUUGCCUACUGUUUGUACAAGAACAGUAACAUACAGACGUGACAAACCAGAGGAAAUAGAUAUCGACAUCAGCAAGUUACGAUUAAAUGAAACUUUCAAGUGUGAAUUCUGAAGACAGUGGGUUUUCUACAAAUGCCUGUUUCCAUCAUGCUUGACUUUUAAAAGGUUACGACUGUUGUCAUAUGGGUUUGUGUCAUGCAUUUUGUCCAAUACUGUAACAAAUUGACAUCUAAGCAUUUUCACAUGAUGUGAUUAUGUUUGAAAUUAUAGCUGCUGGGUUUUGUUUGGGUUUUGUUGUUGUUUUUUUUUAAGAGAAAUGUGCGUUACUACUGUUCAGGAACAUUAGUGUUGAUGUAGCACUUUAGCUUAUUCUAAUUUAUUUAGUCAUUGCCUAGAAUGUAGAUAUGAACCGGUCUGA